UCGUCGUCAUCAUCUGCUGGCCGACGAGCUGGGGUCAAAGCUGCGGGCUCUGUCAUUCCGGGUCAGGCUGUGUACAGAGGAAGAGCCGUUGUUCGCGAGAUUCUGAGCAUGAGGCAGUCUGGUGGAUCCCAUCAGGAAGAGUCGCUGGGCUUUGGAUCCCCCGAAGCUGAUGAUGCUGCUGCUGACAACUCGGAAUCAACUUCCCAGGUGGUUUUGUCAGGAGGCCUCAAGUCUGCAUCAGGGACAGCAUCCAAUAAGACUGAGCAGACAUCUGAGAAGAAUAAGACACCUCGUAGAACUCCUUCAGGAGAAUCAGUUACUGGACCUGAUGACAAUGAAGAUGGGGUGGAAGAAGAAGGUGGUGACGGUGGUGUCAGACCCCCUGAAGUGAGGUUUGAAGACAUGCUGUACCUGUGGGACCUGAACAGAGACCUGAAGAACUUGGUGCACAGCAGAAUUAGGGACCUGGGAAUGCCCAAGUUCCUGGGGAUGGGCAUUGUCAACAAGGGCAAUGUGGCCCCCGAGAUUAUGUUGCCUGAGCUUGGGCCCAUUCCCAAGGUUGAGGCUGAGUUGAGGGAGAUGAUCAAGAGGCCUUCUUUCAAGGAAAAUCAUUUUGUCUGGCAGAGCUUCUUCGGCUUCGGCCAAGGUGCCGACAUCGACAUUAUCCUCCAUGGCUCGGAAACGCGGAAAAUGGCCGAGAUCAAGACGGAGGACGGCAAGAAAGAGAGACACUACCUUUAUUACGACGGGGAAAGCGUGGGCGGGAAAGUGAAUGUCACUCUCAAGAAACCCGGAACCAAGUUGGAGCACCAAGGCAUCAAGAUUGAAUUCGUCGGUCAAAUCGAGCUUUACUACGACAGGGGCAACCAUCACGAGUUCACAUCUCUCGUCAAAGAGCUCGCUCGGCCGGGCAUCUUGGCCCAAAACACGAGCUUCACGUUCGAGUUCAACCAGGUGGAGAAGCCCUACGAAUCCUACACGGGCGGGAAUGUGCGACUGCGAUACUUUUUGCGGGUGACGAUUCUGCGAAGGAUCUCGGACAUUGUCCGCGAAGUCGACAUCAUCGUGCACACCUUGUCUUCGUAUCCCGAGAUCAACUCCAGCAUCAAGAUGGAGGUCGGCAUCGAAGACUGUCUGCAUAUCGAAUUCGAGUACAACAAGUCAAAGUACCACCUCAAGGACGUGAUCGUGGGCAAGAUUUUCUUCUUGCUCGUCAGGAUCAAGAUCAAGCACAUGGAGAUUGCGAUUAUCAAGCGGGAAACGACGGGUGCUGGGCCCAACACGUUCAACGAGAACGAGACCAUAACCAAAUACGAAAUAAUGGAUGGGGCACCUGUGAGAGGAGAAAGCAUUCCGAUCCGGUUGUUCUUGGCGGGAUACGACUUGAGUCCUUCCAUGAGGGACAUCAACAAGAAGUUCUCCGUCAAAUAUUACCUGAAUCUCGUGCUGGUGGAUGAAGAGGAGAGACGAUAUUUCAAGCAGCAA